CCAGCCCCCCGUGCCUUCCAUGGCGCUGUUCGCGCAGGCCGCCCAGAUGCACCAGAAGGUGGCGGCGCAGCAGGGAGUUCCUGCCGCAAGGCCCACUGACUCCGGGUCGAGUGCUGGCAGCACGGCCACCAGCAAGCCCCAGCCGCCCAGCAAGCCGCAAGCCGCCGCCCAGCCCCCUGUUCCCUCGCUCGAGUCCAUGCGUGCAGCUGCCGCCGCACAGGCUCGCCUGCAGCAACAGCAAAAGGAACAGGCAGGAGCCGCAGCCCCUGCUGCCACAGCAGCGCUAGAAGUGAAGAGUGGCGCCGCGCCCGCUGCACCUGCAGGAGGGUUUGGGUUCGGCUUUGGCGUUGCAGCACCGACAUCAACGACUGCAGUGGCAUCAGCGCCGGCAUCCCUGUUCGGUUCGGCGCCGGCCACAACCUCAACCGGGCUGUUUGGUGCUGCCUCCGGGUCGUCAACGGCUGCAGCCACCCCUGCUGCAUCCUCCAGUUCGCCUGCUGCGUCGACGUUUGGGUUCGGCGCACUCAGCUUUGGUGCCGCAGCCCCGGCCAGUGCAAGCUCAUCUGCUGCUGUCGCUGCUGAUAGCAGCGGUGCUACCAGUGGCAGCCUGUUCGGCGGUUCAACAACAACAGCGUUUGGGGCUUCCACGGGUGGAGGGCUGUUCGGGUCUGCGACAGCCGGGCUGUUUGGAAGCACCCCGGCGUCCGCGGCGGCCACUGCGCCCUCGUCCACUGCAGGGGCUCAGGCAACCAGUGCAGCGGCCCCUGCCGUUACUGGCUUUGGUGCUCCCGCAACCGCUGCUAGUGCGGCUGCUCCAGGAAGUGCCGGUCUUGCGGGUACAACGGGGCUGUUUGGAGGGCUGGGCUUUGGAGCAGCGGGCGGCGCGGCUGCCUCCAGCAGCAGUGGUGGACCGGUCGCUGGCGGUGGUGCUGCGGGGUCCACACCUGCCGCAGGUGCAUCCUCGCCGUUUGGUUCCUUUGCAACGGGUGCAGCCUCCAGUGCCGCUGCGUCUGGGGUUUCAGGCUUGGGUGCCUUCAGCUCUCAGCCUGCAGCCCCUGCAGUGUCGGCCCUUGGUACCAGCAGCCAGUCGUCCGCGGCCGGAACCCAGCCAGCAGCCUUCGGUAGCUUUGGUGCUGCUGCCGCCCCCGCGGGAAGCACUGCUGCAGGGCCGUUUGGUGGCGGCGGAAGCGGGCCCUUCGGUACGUCGGGUGGAAUACAGUCAAAGGCAGCCAUGCCUUCUGUGAGUGCUGGAGUGUUCUCUAGCUUCGGUCAGGC